AUCAGUGUCAGUCGAUUUUUGUCGAUAGGCUGUGGUGGUUAUCGUUUUGAAUCCGUCGCGUGGGGGUAUCUCGGGAAGAUAUCAUUGUUUCAGAGUUUAAAACGAAUUUCGUGUUCUAUCGUUAAUUAUAUCGUUGUAGUGAGUAAAUACAUUAAAAGCAACGCAUCGCUACGCUUACGUGCUUUUUGGGUUGCAUUUUGUAUUUUGCAGAGGAUAAACAACGUUAUUUAAAAGUGCAAUUAUAGAGCUAAUCAAUCAAAAUGAGCAAAGUAUUAAACGAGGUUUGUGAUAUGCUGGAUACCUACACAGGGCGGGACAAGAUUGUAAGAACGCUAUGUUAUACCACAAAGCUAGCAUCUGGGAUGUAUGCGAGCAAAGAUCCAGAUUUCGCAAAGAAAUUGGCCAUCUUCAGCUCCAAAAUGUCCCAAACAAGAGCCACGCUACGGCUUUUGGACGAUUUGCCCAUGCUAAGCUAUUCACUCAGCUACGGAAUUGGCAACAAGGAACCGGACAGGAUUAUGGGCCUAAUUGGCUUCAUCACCAAUAUCAUUGACCACGUGUACUAUCCAGUGGACAAAAUCUGCUGGAUGAUUGAAUACAAACUGCUCAAUGUAGAAAACCCUUCCAAAUGGGACACAGCAAACUCCAUCUUUUGGGUGGCAUCCAUCUAUCUAAACCUUAUGAAAACAAUCCGCAGCUACACCGUUAUGGAACAACAUAAAACGCACAUUAACAAACCGGAAAAUGAGUCCAGCCAAGCCGUGAAGAUGCUUCUGAUAAAGCAACGCAUGGAACUGAUCUCCAUCAUGAGGCUUUCGCUGGAUUUGGUUCACGCUGGAAGUACACUGCCGAAAGGUAUGCUCUGGGGAGGGAAGUUUGAAUCCUGGCAAGUAGGUCUCAUUGGAACGAUUUCCUCUUUCAUUGGACUAUAUCAAUACUUUGCAAAGAAGCGAAUCAAUAGUAAAAGUUCAUGAUUGAUAGAAUGUAUUAUUAGUGUUUGUCAAAUUAGG